UCGUUUAGUUGAAACUUAGCCAUCGUGGCAUUCGUGUGGUUUAUUAUUUUUGUGUGCCUUUAAGGUGUUCGACUUUCUAUACAACACGAAAUUCGUACAUUGGUUAUAGUACACCACACGCCAAACGAAUGCAACUAAAUACUAUUGUUGGACAAGUGCUCUUUUUUGGGGGGAGAAACAGUGAAUUAAUACAGUGAAUAAAUAAUCAAAAACACAUUAUUGGUUUUUGUUGUGCAAUGAAAAAAUGAUUGAACAUUUUGAUUUGAUAUCGGAGAUUCCAACACCUCAUCACUAUAAAAUGUUGCGCAGUUUUUCAACAUCAAAUCCAUCGUUGCAGCAAACAAAUCGAAUUCCAACCGGAAUUCCAGACGGUGGAAUCGGAAACGUUUCGAAUGUUAGCUCGGCAACGAGUACGAAUAAUAAUGUUCAAGUUGAAUAUGAAGUGUCGGUGCCUGUGGUUCAAUCAUUUCGACACACACCAUAUCAUUCACUGUGGAAUCUUAAUCAAUGCAAUGUACAAAAUGCGACAAGCUUUCAACAUAUGGCCCGGAUGAUGGAUUCAUUAAUUUUAAAUGAAUUUCCGCCGUACACAUUCACGAAAAUAACAACGACCCAUCGGCCAACGCGAACCAACAACGGCAUGAAUUCAUCGAAAUUAUUGGCCAAAUCAACGGCCAACAUUGCAACUUCCACAGCAAACAACAACAAUAAUGCAUCCGUUGCAUCGGUGCUCGGAAUGAACGGAAGCCUUCGACAAUCUUCAUCACAAAAAAUUAAAGUUCCCAUGCAAGAAGUGCAACCAAUUCCGCGAUACUCGCAACAAAGCGCAACACAUACGGCAAACGGAAAUAAUCCAGCCGAUAACCGUUGGAUUUCGUCUUUGCGUCGUCGCGAUCCGGAAAUUCAACCAACUCUCCCUUCGAUCAAUAACAAUCACAAUCAUAAUAGCAACAGUUUUAGUUCGAAUGGAUCUGGUUCAAUUGCAUAUACGUUAGAUAAACGCGGUCGUAGCAGUAAAAUAUCGCCGACUUUACGAAAAAGUCGAUCGAUUGAACGAGCACGUGCGCGUAAAAUGAAACUCAAAGAAAAACCAAAGAAAUCAUCUUCCGAAGAGAAUGAAGAUGAUCCGGAAGCCACAUCGAUUGAAGAAAAUUCCAUGAAUAGUUCACCGAAAGGUGUUCGAACUCGUGAAAAAGUCAAAGUUUUCAAUACCACCGGAUACGAAUCACAUUUGGUGGAGAGUUUGGAAAAGGAUAUUUUACAACGUAAUCCGAGUAUACAAUGGAACGAUGUUGCUGGACUUGUUGAAGCGAAGGCAAUUCUACAGGAAGCAGUUGUAUUGCCCAUUAUUAUGCCCGAAUUUUUCAAAGGAAUACGACGACCGUGGAAAGGCAUUUUGAUGGUCGGUCCUCCCGGAACGGGAAAGACGAUGUUGGCCAAAGCGGUGGCCACUGAAUGUGGAACAACAUUUUUCAACGUUUCAUCGAGUACACUUACAUCAAAAUAUCGUGGCGAAAGUGAGAAAUUGGUUCGUUUACUGUUUGAAAUGGCACGUUUUCAUGCGCCCAGUACAAUUUUCAUCGAUGAAAUUGAUUCGUUGUGUGCAAAUCGUGGCACAGACACCGAACACGAAGCCAGUCGACGAUUUAAAGCUGAGCUCUUAAUUCAAAUGGAUGGUUUGAAUGAAUCGUUGAAUGAUGAAAAAGUAAUUAUGGUAUUGGCUGCAACGAAUCAUCCUUGGGACAUUGAUGAAGCAUUUCGCCGUCGAUUCGAGAAGCGAAUUUUCAUUGGACUUCCAGAUGAGGAAACCCGAACUGCCUUACUUGCACUGUGCUUAAAGGGUGUCAAUUUAUCUAGUCAUUUAGACACCAAAACAAUAUCAGAUAAGUUAAACGGCUUCACUGGAUCAGACAUAACGAACGUGUGUCGUGAUGCGGCAAUGAUGUCAAUGAGACGUAAAAUAACCGGACGAUCACCAGCUGAAAUCAAACAGAUUCGACGAGAAGAAGUUGAUUUACCCGUUACGGAACAAGAUUUUCAUGAUGCAGUACUACGGACCCGGAAAUCAGUGUCAGCCAGCGAUGUUACUAAAUUCCAAAAAUGGAUGGAAGAGUUUGGAAGCGCUUAAUACUGAUUUAAUUUUUUAUUUUGAAAUAAAUUAAAAAUUUGAUCAAUCAUUUGGCAUCACAUUGACAUAAAAAAAUAUAUGCAUUUGAUUUCUU